AUGCUGCUGCCAGACUCAUCCACCUUACUAACCGCUCUGUAUCUGCCACCCCUCUCUGCCAAUCCCCACACUGGCUUCCAUUCAGUGUCCUCCACCCCUCUCUGCCAAUCCCUCCACUGGCCUCCAUUCCGUGUCCUCCACCCCUCUUCUGCCAAUCCCUCCAAUGACCUCUAUUCAGUGUCCUCCACCCCUCUCUGCCAAUCCCUCCACUGACCUCUAUUCAGUGUCCUCCACCCCUCUCUGCCAAUCCCUCCACUGGCCUCCAUUCCUGUCCUCCACCCCUCUCUGCCAAUCCCUCCACUGGCCUCCAUUCCGUGUCCUCCACCCCUCUCUGCCAAUCCCUCCACUGACCUCUAUUCA